CAACAUCACCACCACACCACCUCACACCACCCCUCCGCCGCCUCUCUCCGCCGCCGUCUUCUGUUGUCUCCGGCGCAAUCAUGUUCAAGGCCGUGCUGCCCCGUGCGCCCAUGCGCGCUGCCCUCCGAACUGCCACCCAAAGCUCAGCCCUACGAGUAUCGCCGCAAAGCACAUCCUUGCUGCAGUCACAAUUAUUACAACGGAGAGGAUAUGCCACACCUGCUGAGGAGAAGGACCUCGUCAUCAUCGGUGGUGGCGUUGCGGGAUAUGUUGCCGCCAUCAAGGCCGGCCAAGAAGGUCUGAAGGUUGCAUGCAUAGAAAAGCGCGGAGCUCUCGGCGGGACAUGUCUCAACGUGGGCUGCAUUCCCUCAAAAUCUCUCCUCAACAACUCGCAUCUCUACCACCAGAUCCUCCACGACACGAAGAACCGCGGUAUCGAGGUCGGCGAUGUCAAGCUCAACUUGGCGCAGAUGAUGAAGGCGAAGGAGACUUCCGUGUCCGGCUUGACAAAGGGUAUCGAAUACCUGUUCAAGAAGAAUGGAGUGGAGUACAUCAAGGGAACUGGCGCCUUCGCGGACGAGCACACUGUGGCUGUCAACCUGGUCGACGGUGGCGAGACAAGCGUGCGGGCGAAGAACAUCAUCAUUGCGACUGGAUCUGAGAGCACACCUUUCCCUGGCUUGACCAUUGAUGAGAAGCGCGUCAUUACAUCGACAGGCGCUAUUGCGCUGCAGGAGGUGCCAAAGAAGAUGGUCGUGAUCGGUGGUGGUAUCAUUGGUCUGGAAAUGGCAUCUGUCUGGUCAAGAUUGGGCUCGGAGGUUACUGUGGUGGAAUUCUUGGGCCAGAUUGGUGGCCCAGGUAUGGACACCGAGAUCAGCAAGAACAUUCAGAAGACUCUCGCCAAGCAGGGCCUGAAGUUCAAGCUCAACACCAAGGUCGUUGAGGGAGACGACAGCUCGGACAUCAUCAAGAUCAAGACAGAGGCUGCCAAGGGUGGAAAGGAGGAGACACUUGACGCCGACGUGGUCCUCGUGGCCAUCGGCCGUCGCCCAUACACUUCUGGCCUGAACCUCGAAAGCAUUGGCCUCGAGACCGACAACCGUGGCCGCCUGGUCAUCGACAGCGAGUACCGCACCAAGAUCCCACAUAUCCGCGUCAUCGGCGACUGCACAUUCGGACCCAUGCUUGCCCACAAGGCUGAGGAGGAAGCCGUCGCAGCCAUCGAAUUCAUCACCAAAAACUACGGCCACGUCAACUACAACGCCAUCCCAUCUGUCAUGUACACUCACCCCGAAGUCGCCUGGGUCGGACAAAACGAAGCCGAGCUCAAAGAGGCCAAAGUCAACUACAAAGUCGGCACUUUCCCCUUCAGCGCCAACUCUCGCGCGAAGACAAACCUCGACACUGAUGGCCUCGUAAAAUUCUUGGCAGACGCCGAGACGGACCGCAUCUUGGGUAUUCACAUUGUCGGGCCGAAUGCGGGAGAGAUGAUCGCCGAGGGGACAUUGGCGUUGGAGUAUGGUGCCAGCUCAGAGGACGUUGCCCGAACAUGUCACGCUCACCCUACGCUUGCGGAGGCGUUCAAGGAGGCUGCGAUGGCGACACAUGGAAAGGCUGUGCACUACUAGACGAAAUUAUAUCGCUGUCCCCAGUCACAUGAGACGGUUGAUGGGUCCUCGUUUUGCAUUUGUGUCUGGUCUUUCCAGCAAGUAUUGGCUAUGGGAGAAGCGGCAAGGAGUUUCGAGAUGGAACCCUGAGGCCGGAGAGGAAAGCUGGCUUGAGGCCUCCAGCGUGAGAAGUUUUCUGCUUGUGUCUCUCUGUAUCUGUGUAAGUGUCUGAUAUAUGAAGCAUUGCGAAUGGGAUCAUGGUGUGAAGAACAAACAACAAUGGGUUUUCAUCACUUCUC